AUGGUUCUCCCACCGCCAAACGUCACUGGAAAACUACAUUUGGGACAUGCUUUAACUGUUGCUGUAGAGGAUGCAAUUUGCAGGCAUCAAAGAAAUCAAGGAAACAGAGCUGAAUGGAUUCCUGGUUUCGAUCAUGCAGGGAUCGCAACACAAGUCGUUGUAGAGAAAAUUCUAGCGAAACGUGGCAAAAGACGUCAAAAUAUGUCUCGGGAAGAAUUCGUUCAAGAAUGCCACUCAUGGAGUGAGAAGUGCUCUGCUGAAAUUCGUCAGCAGCUGUGCCGGAUGGGUGCUUCCCUGGAUUGGAAUCAAAGUUACUACACACUGGACCCAAAAUUUUCAUCUGCUGUAACAAAAGCGUUUUGUAUUUUGGAGAAGGACGGGUUAAUUACACGUGGCAAGAGAAUGGUUCAUUGGUGUCCUACAUUAUCAUCAACACUUUCAACACAAGAAGUGAAUCGAAUUGAUGUUCCUUCUAAUAGUUACAUCAGUGUGCCGUCAGCAGAUGGGAAGAAGAGAAAGAUAAAGUUUGGACAAAUGCAUCUAAUUCGCUACAAGGUAGUGGAUUCGGAUUCCGAAUUCGUUGAAGUUGGAACAACUCGCCCAGAGACUUUAUUCGCUGAUGUAGCAAUUGCAGUUCAUCCGAACGAUGACAGAUAUUCAAAACUGCACGGAAAAUAUGUAUGGUCACCUGUGACAGCUGGGAGAAAGUUGUUAGUGAUCACUGAUUCAGCUGUUUCAAUUGAAAAAGGAACGGGAGCUGUUAAAAUUACACCAUCACACGAUCCACUUGAUUUUGAUAUUUGGAACCGUUGGAAAUCUCAAAAUUCAACUUCUGAAAUCGAAGAGUUUUUGUGUAUCGAUGAAAAUGGAAAAAUGACUAAUUGUGCGGAAAAUAUUUUAGGAAUCGAUAGAUUUGAAGCAAGAGAAAGAGUGAUAGAGAUGCUAUCGAGCUCUGAUGACUAUAAAGGUCUUAUUAAACAUGAAGGAGCGCAAGUGAACAUCUGUUCCCGUACUGGCGAUGUUAUUGAACCAAGACUAACGGAACAAUGGUUUUUGGAUUGUAAAGACAUGUUUAUCCGGUCAGCAGAGGCGCUUAAAACUGGACAGAUUGAAGUAUUCCCUGAAUAUCAAUCUCAUCGUCUAAUUGAGUGGUUCGAAAACCAAGAACCGUGGUGUUUGAGUCGGCAACUGUGGUGGGGACACCGGAUUCCAGCGUACCAUAUACCAGGACAAGAAAAGUGGAUUGUAACAGCAGAUGAAAAAGAAGCUCGUCAGCAACUUGGAGAUCAGUUCGUACAAGAUCAAGAUGUUCUUGACACGUGGUUCAGUUCUUCGCUUGUUCCUUUAGUUAAGAAUGGAUGGUUGGAAGGAGAACAAAUUCAAAUUCCUUCACUAAAUGUUAUGGAAACUGGAUGGGAUAUUUCCGGAUUCUGGGUAGCAAGAAUGAUUGCAUUGAAUUUGAAGUUAUCGAAUGGAGAAUCACCGUUCGGGAAAGUUGUUCUACAUGGUUUGGUUCGAGAUAAUGAAGGAAGAAAAAUGAGUAAAUCGUUGGGAAAUGUCAUAGAUCCAGUAGAUGUGCUCGAUGGAAUCUCCUAUGAAAAAAUGGUCGAAAGAGUGAAAGAAAGCGCGUUAGAACAACACGAAAUCGAAAAUGCUGUGACGGAUCUGACGAAAAUGUUCCCAAAAGGAAUCGCUCGAUGUGGUCCAGAUGCUCUUCGAUUUGCUCUGCUGAAAUAUGAUGUACUGGCGACUGAUAUUCCACUUGAUGUAUCAAAUGUUUCUCUUGAUGGACUUCAUUUCUGUAACAAAUUGUGGAAUCUGGCUGCAUACUAUGAUCAACUUGCUGAAAAAUCUGAAGUUAUAAAAGAUGUUGAUUCAGAUAGGCUUAUUGACGUUUGGAUAAUGGCUAGACUAUCGAGUACGGUAGCUGCUGUUGAUGGACACAUGAACAAGUUUUCACUUCAUUUGGCUCUCUCUACUCUCCACAAGUUUAUCACAUCCGAUAUUUGUGAUAUUUACUUGGAAUCAACAAAAAAAGCUCUAUGGUCAAAUGAUAUCGGUCGAAUCAGGCAAGCACGUUCCACACUCCAAAGAGUUCUCCAGCCAACACUUGUUCAGCUGAAUGCUUUCAUGCCCUUCGUCAGUGAAUAUCUUUAUGAACGAAUUUUCUCACGGGAACCUGGAAGUAUUCUAUUUGAUGUUGUCAAACCAUCUCUUUUCAUUUUCCAUCGAAACGAAGAAUUAGAAGAGGCGAUGAAACUGAUAACGGCAGUAAUGGCUUCUGUUCGAUCAACUCGUCAGAAACUUCAGCUUUCUCCGAAAUUAAUUUUCUCAGGAAUUCUAGAAAUGAAGCCUUCUGAUAUGACGCCUUCUGAUAUAAAAAGAUUAGCUGAUGAAGUCACUCAGACAUGUGGAUUGGAAUUGCAGAAAGUGUGUCGGGAAGUUGAUGAAGACGUCAAGAAGGACUUUAUAGCUUGCCCAGUUCCAGGACAUGAUGCAAAGUUAUGGUUGAGAAUUGAUUCAGAAUCAAAAGAAGCAUUCAUAGAUAGUCUCAAAAAGCAAUUGGAGAAAAUUAUUACUCGUCAAGAACAGUUUGAAGCAAAAGUUGUAUCUUAUGAAUCGAUUUGUGCUAAUCCGAAUACAAAACCAUUGAAUGCUCUAAAAACGAAACGGAAAGCAGAGAACGCUAGAAAAGUUGUGGAAAAUGCGAAAGAAGAAGCCACAAGAAUCGAGCAUCUGAUAUCUAGUCAGAGUAAAUAA